AUGCCAAUAACCUGGGCAUUAAAUAAUAUGGAAAAACAUCCUCGUGGAAGACAAAAAAAAAAUAAUAAAUAUAUUUUGAAUAAUAUUUUCAACGAAAAAACGUCCAAAUAUUUAUCCUUUCCACAUUAUCAGAGAAUAAAAUUCACUUAUUUAAUAAAUGAAAAAAUAAAACAAAUAAAAUCGCAAAAAUAUAAAAAUUGCGCACUAGAGUCUAUUCACAGUGGAAAACUCAAAAAUAAUUGUUUUACAAAAAUUAAACAAACCAAUAAUGCUUUAUUUAAAAAAAUAUAUCUAUUAAAUAAUUUGGAUUAUAAAAGUAUUUUAAAAAAAUAUAAAACCAAAAAACGAGAAAAGAAUAGAAUAAAAAUCAUUACAAAAAGGAAACUAAAACAUGUAGGUAAUUCAAGGAUAAAUGGGAUAAUAAAAAAACAAAAAAACGACAUUUUCCGAAAGAAUAUUAAAAUUUUACAUAAAAAAAUAAAUUAUAUAGAUAUGUUUUGUCAAAUUAAUAAAAAAUCCCAAAAGGCCUUUAAGGACAAUGGUAAUAAUAAGGAUAAUAAUAUCCAGAAGAGCGAAAAAAAAAACGCUAUAUAUGCAUUCUACAUAAAUGCUAAAAAACGUAUGCAAAUAAAAAAUACGACAAUAAACUCAGAAUUGUUAUGUAAUAAAAACUGUAAGAAUAUAUACUAUAUCAAAAGAAAUAGUGUUGCAGACUUAACUAAUUCCAGUGUGCAUGAACAUGGCCAAAGCAAUUUCAACGCUCUUCUCCAGCAAUUUAAUGAUACAAGGAAUGUGUGUUUCCGUCAGAAUGAUGGAAAUCGUCAAAGAGAUGGCAAUCAUAAUGAAAUUAAUAAAAACAUCAAUAACAUACAAUAUGAUGAUAAUGAUAAUGAUAAAGAAGGAAACGAUGGAAAUGCAUUUAAUCAUGAUAAAAUAGGCAACACCAACGAGGGAAACCAUAAUGGAAGCAACAAUAGUGGUGAUGGAAAUAACAACAAUGGGAAUAACAACAAUGGGAAUAUCAACAAUGGGAAUAAUAACGAUGGAAACAAUAACGAUGAGAAUAAUAACAACGGUAAUGAUAACAACAAGGAUAGUGAUAAUGACAAGGGGAAUGAGAGUGAAAGCAGUGAAGAAGGAAGUGAUAAAAUAAAAAAAAGGAAAUCUGCAAGUGUUAGAUCAAAUAGUACUGCGUACUCGAGCGUAAAAAGCGAAAAUUCAAAGGGCAAUUAUGGCAAAAAAAAAAUAGUAAAAUCAUCAUCAGCAUCAUAUGAAAAUGAUUCUAUAAUAUUUAAUUCUUUUUAUGAUGAAAUGUCCUGUUUUUAUCCAAAUAAUUCAAAUAGUUUUAUUUGUAGUAGUAGUGACACAGAUAAUAUGGAAAAAUCCGAAAAAAUAUGUUCAUACGAAAAAGGGAAAAGAAGAAAAAAAUGGAAAGAAAUCGAGGGAAAUAUGGAAGAUGAAGCAGAAGAUGAAGGUAGGCAUCGAUUAAAUUAUCUAGAAAAUAUACCAAAUAAUGACAGGGUAGUAUACACUGAUGAUAUUAAUAACAAUGUUGAUGCAAAAGCAAAUGAUAAAAUAGAAGAAGGAAUGGAGAGACAGAACAUGACCUAUUUUACAAGAAAGAAAGAGUACGAAAAUAGGAAAAGAAUUGCUGAAAAAAUAAGAAAAAGGAUAAGAAAUGAGCAAGAAAUAGAAACUAAACUGAGAGGUAAUAAUAUUGACACUAAGGAUAAACAUAUAGAGAAGGAUACUAAUAUAGCAAAAAUGGUAAAGAAAAACGCACACAUUGGCGAAAUUCAUCCAAAAUGGUGUUUUCCGAAAUGUAGAAGAAAUUCUUUAGAAAAAUAUCAUCGAAUUAAAGAAAAAAGGGGUAGUUUAAAUCUAAAUAAUAAAAUCGAUAUAUCAGAAAAAAGGAAUGAAAAUAUUUUUUCAUACAGUGAAUAUAAUAUUCUUUUACUUAAAAAAACACGUGGAAAUAAGAAUGAUAAUCCGAGCAAAAAUGAUAUAAUUUACCACAUAAAUACAAUUACGAAUGUUAAUAAAAAAAUGAAAGUCGUGAUUAUUGGUGGUGGAAUAUCUGGCUUAUCAGCUGCAUAUAUAUUACAGAAUAAUAAUAUAGAUGUAGUUGUAUAUGAAGCACGAAAUCGAUUAGGCGGCAAAUAUUUAUAUUCCCCUAAAAGUUAUAAAAAGUCCUUUUUAGGUGAAGUUGAUUUUUAUGUCAAUCGGAAUAAUCCCUUAAUAAACUUUUGUUUAAAAAAAAAUAUUUAUAAUAAUAAUAUAAAUAGCCAUUUAUACAAGCAUUAUAUAUAUUAUAAUAAUAAAAAAAUAUAUACGUACAAAAUGAGAAAUGAAUUUUUUAAACUCAUAAAAAAAUUGAGAAGUUUUUAUGAACAUAUAUCUAAUACUAAAUAUUUUAAUGAUCCAAUUAUAAAAAAACAGUUUUUACAUGCAUCUUUUGGAGAAGUUAUAAAUUCAGAAAUUAAUAAAAUAAAAGAACAAAAACACCAAACAAAACAAAAGAAGUAUUUUAAAACAUAUAUAUAUGUAAAAUUAUAUAUGUCACUAAUAGAAUCUGUUUGUGGAAUUAAGAUACACUCAUUAUCGAUACAAUAUAUAUUCCACAAUUUGCAUUAUUUAGAUAUUUUUAAAAAUAUAUGUUGCACAUUUGAAUUGUCAAAAAUAAUUAAAAAAUUAAAAAAAAAUGUUAAAAUUAAAAAAAAUAAAAUUGUCAAUAAGAUAUACUCUUACAACGACCAUAUUAAGUUAAGUUUUGAAAACUAUGUAGAUACCAUAUUAUAUGACUAUUGUAUUGUUACAGUUCCAAUAGGAGUUUUGAAGGAUAGUAUAAAAUUUUAUGAUGAAGAAGGGGGACAAAAAAAAGAGUGCAAGAGCAAGAAGAAAGACAAUAGUAAAAAAGUGGAUUUAGACAACUGUAAAAAAAGACAUAUGAAAAUUAAAGAUCAAAAGAAUGAUACUGGUUAUGGUGAAGAUGACCCAAAAAAUUCGAUUAAAAACAAUAUAAAAGGAGACGAAAUGGAUGAAAAAAAAAAGAAGCAUGAAAUUGUCACUACAACUUCAUGCCAUGAUGCCAAGAAAAAUAGCAAAGAUUCAGUUUCUGAUUAUCAUGAUGCCGAUGAUAUUUCAAAUAUGAAAAGUAGAAGAAUAAAAUGUAAAGAUUUACCCAAUCCGAAAAAAGAAACUUCUGAAAAUCAUGAAAAUAUACCAUUUAUUAAUACGGAAACAGAAAAAACUGCUAUAAAUAAAGGAGCAGAUUAUCAAACAAAUGAAAGUAGUAAUAAUUUGCAAAGUAUGAGUGAUGCCUUUAUAAGAAAUAUCGAAGUAACGACUAACGAAAAUAAAAGUAUUAAUAAUUUAUUCAGCUCAAUCAGUGCUAGUUUAUAUACAUCACCGGGAAAAAAUGUAUCAUCCACAAAUAAUAAUGGGUAUAGUGGAAAUAAUGAAAAUGAUGAAAAUAUAUUCACCAGUGACAACGAAUUUAAUCAUAAUAAAAAUAACGAUACGAACUGUUCAAUAAGCGCAAAAAGCAACCAAAAUGUGAGCAUAUCAAAUAACUGCAUUUUCAAUAAUAAUAUGAUCGAUAAUGCAAACAAAAAUGAUACCAUGGAAAACAAGCCUAGCAAAGAAUACCUAAAAAACCAAAAAUGUGCCGAAAGCAAUACACAUUUUAAUUACAAAAAUAAAAAUGAAAAAGGGAAUAAACAUAGUAAUCAUAAUACUGGGGAAAUGGUAGAAAUAAAUAAUAUAAUAGAAUCAUUUGAAAAGGAAAAUAGGUGCGAUAAAUUGGGUAAUAAAAUCAAUACAGAGAAAAUGUGUUUCAAUACAAAGAAAUAUUUGUUCAAUGAUAAUAACAAUAAUAAUCAUAAUAAAUAUUAUAGUGACAAGAAUAACAAUACGGAAGAAAAUAUAAACAAUAAGGUUGUUUUUUCUUCAAAUCAUUCCAAAAUAAAGAAGCAAAUAUAUAAUGGAAAAGUUAAUGACAUUGGUACCAACGCCAUUGAUUGUAAUGCGCCAGAGGGCAAAAAACUCAAGAAGGAGAAUAGGGACAACAAUAAAAAUAAAGCGGAGAAAAAAUUAGAGAAAAAAGGAAAUGUCAUGAAAAAUACAUCGAAAAAAAGUAACCAUAGUGGAUUAAUAGAAUUCAUUCCAAAAUUACCUGAUUGGAAAAUCAAUAGUAUAAAAAGAUUGGGCGUUUCGACAAAUAAUAAAAUUAUUAUUACCCUUAAGAAAAGAGUUGUAAAAAGUGAUCAAAAUAUUACUAUAUACUUUAACCAAGACAGAAAAAAUAGCAAUACAUAUACUACGAAAAAUACGAUCGAAAAAAAUUUAUUAAGAAACGAUGCAAAUGUGAAUUUAUUUACUAAUGAUGAUAAUGAAAAGCCUAAUAUUCCUGAAUUAUAUUCGCAAAAUGACAAAGAUAAUGAUAAUGUCCCCUACUUUUUUGAACCGAAUUCUUUUCUUAAUGAUCAGAAAAUACCUGAUCAAUCAAUGAUAGAAGAAAGUGACAAAAAAAAUCCGAAUAAUUUAAAAUUUUCGAAAACAGAAGAUUGUAUAAACAAUUUAAAUGAAUUAUUUUCAUUUAACAACAGUAAAAACAACAGUAAUGAAAAGGAACAAGAUAAUUUAUCUCCAUGCUUGAAGAAUCUAGAACCCAAGGGAACUGAAUCAAAUGUGCAUUCAUUUGAACAAUUAAUAAGCACAGAUAAUACAAAUAAUAAUAAUGAAACAAAAAAUGAACUACGAGAAUGGAACAAAUCUAUGCAAUGCAAAAAUGUGAAGGAAAAAACGAAUGAUACAGAUGAUAUAACCACAUUCCGAUAUAAUUGCACAAAUAUGGUGAAUAAUCAAAGAAAUUUUCCAAAAGAAAGUACUUUAAUAAAAUACUUAAAACAGGAACAUUUGUUAGAUGAUAAUGAUAAAGAGCAUAAAAUGUGCUAUACUAAUGAAAUGUGCAUGAACAAAUACAGUCAUAUAAUUUUUUAUAGUGCAGAACCUAUAAUAGCGUUAUAUUUUAAAAGUAAAUAUAAUAAAGAAGUAAAUAAAAUAAAAAAAAAAGACAUGAAGAAAAAAAAAAUUAUCAAUGAUUGUGCAUAUUUUUUAAAAAAUAUGUUACCUCAAAUAAAAAUCGAAAAAAUAUAUUUUUAUGAUUGGGAUAAUAAUAAAUUUUCAAGAGGAUCAAAUUCAUAUUUAAAAAAAAAAAGUUUAAUAAUAGAUAAAGAUAUUAUAUCCUUUCCAGUAAAUAGAUUACUUUUUGCUGGUGAGCAUACACAUAGUAAUGGUUGUAAUUCAAUAGUAGAUUCUUAUCUAAGUGGUAAAAGGGAAGCUUAUCGAAUAAUUGAAAAAGUAAACAAAACGAUAUAUAUGGAUAAAUUGACAAAAUGUUUUUAUACUAGAGAGGAAAAUAAUUAUAAUUUUAAAAAAUUUAUAGAUGAUGAUAAUUUUGUCGAUACUAAGAUAAUUAAUCCAGAUCCGUGUCAGAAGAAUGCGCCUGUUUCAAUGAAAAACAAAGGAAACUUAUCACAGAUGACUAAUUCAAUAAAUACUCAAUUAUUAAUUCCAUCUAUAAACACUUCUUUGACUUCUACAUCUUUAGCGAUUCCUUCAAUAGGAUCAGUUGUAACAUCUCCAACUGAUAAAUCAUUAGUAUCAAAAGUGGAUCCUUUUCAAUUAAUUUUAGAUUGUGAAGAAAUGGUAAAUUAUAAAGAAAUUGUGAUCAGGAAUAUAAAUACAAAUUUGUUCAUGUAUUUAUAUGAUGAUGAAGUUAUAGGAUUAACAAAUAAUGAAUACGAUAUUUGGCAUGAUAACAUCCGAUGUAUAUUUUGUAAUCAACUUCAAACAAUAAAUAACUAUUUUAUAGGAAUAAUAAGAUUAAAACACAUAAGUGGCAAGUAUUUAAAAUAUACAUGCCAUAAAGGUUGUUUAUAUUAUAAUAAUUAUAUAUUUAAUCAUGCAUAUGGAAAUAGAUAUUUUAAUAUUAGCGUAAUGUUUAAUUAUUUAUUUCAAAAAAAAUGCUCAGUAUGUUUAAUGAAUUUUCCAUCAAUGAAAUGUAGUAUAUAUAAUUGUAAAAAUUUUGUUCAUUUAAAAUGCGCUAAUAAUUAUUUAUCAUGGCCAAAUUUAGGAAAAACAAGUAGACAUGAAUCUUUAUAUUGCUAUAAGCAUCAGUACAUGCAUGGAAUAUAUCACAAUUAUUAUGAGCAUGGACCAGAAUAUUAUGAUAGCGAUAGCAUGCUUGACGAUGAAGAAAGAAUGCUUAAAAUUAAAAAAAGAAGAAGAAAUAUAAAAAAAAAAUUACAAAAAAUUAAACAAAUGAAAGAAAUGAAAGGAAUUAUUCAAAUUAAAGGAGUUAAAUAUAUAGGCGAAACGGCUAAUCAUUUCAAUAAAUUAUGUCUAUUCAAUCAUAUUAGUGAUGGAAAUAAUAUCAGAGAUACAAAAAAUAUUAAUGCAAUUGGCAACGAAUUAAAUUACAUGGGUAAUUAUAAUCAUUAUAUGAAUGAAUUAGAAUGUAUGGAUGAAGAUAAUCGAAUGUAUCAAUUGUAUCACAUUAAUAAAAAUGCAUCUUAUUCUUUCAAUGGAAUGGAAAAUACAUGUAGAAAAGACUGGAAUAUAACCAAAGAAAAUUCAAAGCCAUAUGAACGAUAUAUCGCUGAAAAGAAAAGGAAAGAACAAUUAUUAUCAAAUGAGAAAAUAUAUGAAAAUGAAAAGAGCAUUACAGAUAGCGAUCAAAUGAGCGAUGAUACCAUUGACGAUGGUGAAGACUAUUCUAAUGAUGUAAUAUAUUCUAGACAAAUUGAAAAAACACAAAAAAGCAAAAAUGGAAAGAAUUUAUGUAAUUUAUUUCAUGAUGGUAUUAUGCAAAGAAAUUACAAAAAUUCGUUGAAACCUAGAUAUUAUGGGAACGACAAAAAUUUUCCAGAUUAUACCAAUUGGGAGAACCAGAACAUGUACAACGAAAGUUAUUAUGGAGAAAAUUUUUCAAAAUUAUGCUUAAAAAAUGAGAGGAAAUUCAAAAGAUAUCGCAGUAGCAGUAUUAGCACCACUACAGCUACUAUUAGCAGUAGUAGUAGUAACAAUGUUAGGACUAUAAAAAUAGGGCAACUAACUGAUAAUAUACAUGCCAAUAUAAGCAAAUUUUUAAAAUACUACCAAAACAAGAAUAAUUCUAAUAAUAGUAACAGUAGUAGUAAUUUAUAUAGUGAUAUAUCGUCGAUAUUAAAAAAUGAAAAUUAUGUAAAUAAUAAUUUUCUAAAAUACAUAUUAAAAAAAUAUAAAGGCAUUUUUCCUUCCAUGAAUACACAAUAUAAUAUGAUGUAUAAUAGUUAUCAAAAUGAAAACGGGUCUGGUAAAAAGGUCGACAAGACAUUGUUAGGAUAUAGUGAUUUUAAUAAAGAUAUAUAUAGAUUAAAUCAAGAGAAAUUGAUGAAUAAUUAUUAUUUAUUCGAUGAAAAUAGUGGUAAUAGUAAUAACAACAUUUAUGUUAACACGAAUGAGGGUUACAUAAAAGAGCAAAAUAAUAACUAUGCUGGAAUAUGUUCACCAUAUCAAUAUUAUGGAAAUAAUAUGUUAGAAUAUUAUGAUAAUUCAUUUAUUAAUGAUGUUAAGAAAGAUUAUAACCACAUGUUGAAUAAAGGUACCUUACCUUCUAAUAAUAACAAACUUUUUGGAUAUUCUUCAGAGGAUAAACACUCUAGAAUAUGGAAAAAUAAUAAUUAUUUAAAUGGUCGUUAUGGAAUGAGAAGGGAUUAUAAUAGUUAUUAUGAUGGCGAUUUCUAUGAUAAUUAUUUUAACUAUGAAACUGAUAACUAUAUGGAUAAUUAUUAUGAAGGUAAUUAUAGGGGUAUCCAAAGGUUUGAUUCUUCUUAUUAUCAAAAAUUAAAAAAUGAUAAAAAUAUAUUGCACAGUAAGGAUAAUUUAUCUAUUUUAAAAAAUAUAUAUAAAAAAAAAGGAAAAGACAUAAUAAAAGAUGAUCAAAUUAGUGGGGAUAUUAAUAACUAUGAAAAUAAGCAAAAUAAUAAUAUCAAUUUUCGAAAUGAAAAAAAAGAAGAUUUUGUAUAUCAUUAUAACAGAAAUAAACAAAUGAAUACGAUAGGGAAUUAUGUAAAUAGUAUGGGACAUGAAAACCAUAUUUAUAAUGACCAUACAUAUUAUCCAUCUGAUCACGAAAUUUAUAAAAUUGGAAAAAAUUUUAAAGAAGGUAACAAAACUAAAAGAAGCAAAGAAUUUAAUGAUAGAGAAAAUGGUGUGAUAUAUGAUUAUGAAUAUGGUAAUAACAAACGAGAUAACAUUCGAAAUGACGAAAAUAUAAAACUGAAUCAAACAGAAAAAAUAGAAUAUAAUAAUAAAAACGUAAAUUUUGUAGAUAAACAAAAUGGAAUACGAAUGAUAAGACGAAUAAGAAGUGACUCCAAAAUUAGCAUCAAUCACAACAGAAAUGAUGUUGGGGGUGGGGAUGGAAAAAAUAAUAUUGGACAGGAAAAUAAUUACGCAUCAUAUCAAAAUGAUUCCAACAAGGAUAUAUUAAAAGAAUAUUUUAAUAAAUAUGAUCAAUGCAACUCUGGAAAUUUUAACAAAGAGCACAUAAUUUAUAAAUUAAUAUAUAAUUAUUAUAACAACAUCAAAAAAAUGAAACCAAAUUUAAUAAGCAAUAAUGAUCCAUAUAAUCAAAGGAAACAAACAACUUCAACAAACAAUUUAAUAAAUGGAACUCAAAAUAAGUAUAUAGUUAGCGAUUAUGAAAAAACUAUAAUGGGAGAGAAACAAUUUGAUAAAAGUGAUAUGAAUAAAAUAAAUAGUGUUAUUAAUAGCGGAAAGGAAAUACCUCAAUCAUAUUUGUUGAAUGACAAAAUAUAUGAAGCUUCUCGUAAAUACAUUAAUUAUAGAAACAGAAAAGGGAUGAAUGCAGGUAAAAUGCUUGACAGUGUAAAUAUCAAUAUGGCAAGUAAUCUUAAUAUGCAUAACAAUGCCGCCAUGCGGCCACAAGAAUAUUCUGAAGAGCAUUUUACAGACCCUCACAUGAAGCAAAUCGACAAUAACAUAAUGGAAACAUGUUUAGAUAAAAAGCGUCUGAACGAAAUAGCUGCUAGAUCCUCUCGAAAUAUCAAGAAAAAAAACGACAUGAAUACCAUAAUAAAUACAUUGAACGAAUUCCCCGAUAUACCAUUAUCUUAUAAAGAAGCAAUACUCAAUUCAUUUUAUAAAAGAAAAAACAUGGUCGAUGAUGGGGCUAAUGGCUUAAGCGGUGGAGGAGGAAUAAGUGGAAGUGCAGCUGAUAGCACAGUUUCUGAUCCAGGAAGUAACGAAGAACCUAAUGGGAAUUUGUAUAAAACAUUAUAUGGGAAAGAAGUAGAAAAAAAUAAAGGAACUAUGAUGAACAAACAAAAAAUUUGCCAAUUAUUAAGAGCUAUUGACUUAAAAAAAAAAGAUGUAGUUGAUUAUAGAAAAUUAGAACUAUUAUAUAAAAUAUACUUUGAAAAUAACAACGGUAAUUUGCAUAGUAAUAAUAAUAAUGGAAAUAGUAACAGCAACAAUAGUAUAAAUCCAAAGUGGAAAAAUACAAAUCAGCAAGUAAUUCAAAAUAAAUUGUUAGAAAAUUAUUAUCAAGGGCUUAGUGGGAAUUUGCAGCAAAAUGAAUGCAAUACCGAAUUUGAAAAAAGAAAAAGAAAAAAACAAAUGAGUAAGGAAGGAAAGGAAAAUGUAAGUAACAUAAAAUAUAAUGAUCAUGUCAUUGGUAAUGAAAACUUAAAUGUGUCUAAACAAAGAGAAGUCGAAUCAAAUGGUAUUAAUCGAUCUAAUCAACUGUUAAUAGCAUCAUAUGUUAAAAAUGUGGGUAUGAACAUGGGAAUAAUUAAGGGAAAAGAAAAAGGGCAUGAAGAUGGGACUGAAAAUCGUAAUUCUGAUGAAUUUUUUCAUAUCGCGAAGGGGAAAACCAGUUGCAGAAUCAAACAAGAAACAAAAACAAAGGCAAAUGAAUAUUUCAAAAACAAUAAUGAUGAACGUAAUGGAGACUAUACUAAUUCCCAUAUCAUUUAUGACAAUUUAAUUAAAAAUAACAAACUUGGAAAUGUAUUAAAUAUGCAAAUGGAAAAACUCACAUCAGAUAUUCAAAAUGACCAAAAAAUGCGAGUAAGCGAUAAUGACGAAAUAAAAAAUAUGAAAAAUUAUAUUUUAGAGAAUAAUCUAAAUAAAAAUAAAUUUAUAGGUAAGGAAAGAAUUUGUUCUCAAGAAAAUAUAUCAAAUAUCUUCAAUCCGAAUUUUUCAGAAAAUGAAAAAAACCUUGCAAAUGGUCCAAUUGGGCAAAGUGAGCAAGCUAGCCAAAAUGAUAAAAAAAAAAAAAAAAAAAAAAAUGUAAAAAGCGAAAUACCACAAACUAUAUAUCCCACAGUUAAACCAUAUGUGCAUGGUAACACUAAAAAAAGUAAAGCAAUGAAUGAUAAAUCAUUAAAAGGGUUAGAAAUGUUAGACAACAUGAUUUAUUAUAUGAGAAUGAAUGAAUUAAAAAAUUUAAAUAAUUCUAAAUUUUUUAAUGACCUUAAUAUAAAAGAUAAACAAAAUUUUUUUUCCAUGAUUUUGAAUAUGAAAAAUAAACAAAUGACUAGCGAUUCUAUCGACAUAAAUCAAAAGGGUUACGAAAACAAGUAUGAUAAUAUUUUUUCAAUGGAUACUUCUACAAAUAACAAUGAAAAAAAAAAAACUCAAAAAAAAAAGCAAGAUAAAUUGUAUACUAGCAAAAAUAUGAAUAUCCCUGGAUAUGCAAAUGAUAUAUGGAAGGAAAAUAACUACGAUGAUUUCAAUUACGACUAUAAAACCAUUCCCUAUUCUAAAAAUAUUUCUGAGAUGAUUGACAUAAGAGAUGAUGUUUGUAAUAAGCUUCAUGAUUAUCCUUUCAAUGAAUUCGAUCAUAAUGCAUACGAUGUUAAUUAUAGAAAUAACAUGCUCAAUGGUCAGAAAGAAAGGAACGAUAAUACAACAUAUUAUAACCAACUUGAUCCGAUCAAUACUAAUGAAAAUUUAAUAAGUCCUCCCAACAUCUUAGAUUCCAAAUAUAACUUAAGAAAAAAAAAAAUAAAUAAAAAUUCUUCGUUACAACGAAAAGAACAAGUAUAUAGCAAAAAUGAAAAUGAGGAAUCGAUAAUGGAUUUAAAUUUAAAUGGUGAUCAUUCAGGUUUUUCCUCUAAUCUUUUAUUAAAACCGGAGCAAAAAAAAGUAGAAAUUUAUAAUAAUAGUAAUAAUAACAUCAUUGGGGGUAUGCCACAAAAUAUGGAAAUAAUACAAAAGCACAAUUUAUUACCUCUUGAUUAUUUGGGAAUGAGAAAAAGACAAAGAAUUAAAAAAAAAGAACCACUACAAAGAAAUUUAAAAAUUAGACCUAUGCCUAUAAGUCAAAUGGAUGAACAAAUAAACAGCGAAAGUAAUGGCGAAAUGAGUGAUAACAUAGGCAUGUCUACCAUCAGCAAGUAUCCUAUAACUCCUACUAAUAACAAAAAUAAUUAUUAUAACGUUAAUAAUUUGAAUUAUAAAGAAUAUAGUAAUUUACAAUUGAUGGACUUAAAUUUAGAGGAGCAAAUAAAAUUAACAGACAAUAUUUACAAAAAAUAUAACAAAAAUGGCACUUUAAGUGAUACGGAUGAUGAUGCUCAAAGUAAUUUAAAUCAAUUUAAAAAAAGGAAAAGGAAAAAGGAUAUAUACGAAUUGAUAGGAGAUAAAUAUGAUCCUAAUUUAAAAUUGGAAUUUCAAAAUCGCGGAAUGGCGAUGGGACAUGCAUACAACGACAAUGACCGUGAAAGGAAUAAACUGACACGACAUUAUUCGUUAUUAUUACCUGAAGAAGAUGAAGAAGAUAGUAAUAGUGAUGAAAAUUGUACCAAAUCAGAUAGAUCUAAUUUCAGUGCUCCAACGAAUUGUAUAAAAAAUUACAAUAAUAAAAAUAAAAUAGGGAUAAAUAAAGAAUUGCCCAGGCUUAAAGAGUUUAUUAAUAUGAACAAGAAAAAAAAUAUGGAAUUAGAGCAACUAUUAAAGUUACUACGUAAAAAUAAAAACAUUCAAAGUAAUUAUAUCGAUUUUCCCAAAAAAAAAAAAAAAAUAAUAGAAUCACAAGUAGCAAAUUCGGGUGAUGAUGAUGAAAAAAAAAUGGGGGAAAAAAAAAAAAAAAAAAAAUGGGAAUACAAUUCAAGAAUAAAGCAAGCAAAUUAUUUAGAUUUUUUGCAUGGUUAUGUUGAAGCAGGGGAUUCCAAUAGUGUGAGACAUAAAAGUAAUAUAUACAAUAAUGGAGAUAGCAAGCACAAUGGUAUAGUAAAUAUGCAUAUAUAUAAUAAAAAUCUUAAUUAUAAUUCUAGCCUUGAAGAAAGAAGGCAUAACAAUGAUAUAGACAAUCAUGAUAUGAAAGAUAGUUAUAUGAAACAUAUGUUACGUGAUUAUUUGAAAGGAUAUGCAAGCACGUUUAAAAAUACACAUACAAAUCCAUUUAAAAGUGACGCAUUGCAUGAUGUAAAAAAAGAAGUUCCAAUAAAAAAAAAAAAGACUAUGGAUUCAGAUCCAAAAUACAGUAACAUUAGUAGUAAUAGCCAGACUACUCACAGUAGCAGUGGUAGAAGUAGCGAAAGUAGCGAAUGUGGUCGUGAAAAGAAGUAUAAUGGAGAUAAAAAUAAUGAUAUUAAUAAUAAUGCUGAAGAGAAAAAUCAUUAUAACUAUGUAAAUAAACAGUUUCCUACUUUUAUAUCUAAUGAUCGUAUGCUCGACCCAUCACAUAUUCACAAUAACAAUAUUGGAGAGGGUACUAGUGGAAACAACAAUGAAGUUAAUGUUGUUGGGAGUGGGAAAACUCAUGAAAAAAACAAUUACACAUUAAAUAAGCAACAAAAUUCGAAUAAUAAAUAUGAGAAGAAUGCAAAUAUGAAUUUAAUGGGCAAUCAAGCAACCUACAGUAUCAUAAAAUAUAAUUUAACAAAAAAUAAUUUAAUAAAUAAUGUACUUAGUGAUAUGAAAUCCAACAUGUCUCAAAAGAAUAUGUUUAAAAAUAGCAACAAUACUACCACUACUACUAAUAAUAAUUAUCUCAAUAUAACUGAUGAAACUCAAAACAUGAAAAAUUUUCACAAAAAGCGAAGAAAAUUAUAG